UGAUCAUUGGUUAAGGAUGUCAUUUGGAUUCAUGGAUAAUCCACCAAUCCACUUGAUCCAAUCCAUGAAUCCACCAAUCCAUUAGAUCCAAUCCAUUUGAUCCAUGGAUCCACCAAUCCAAUCCACUAAUCCACCAAUUCAAUCCAUUUGCCACCUCUAUUUCGAGGCCAAAACCGCCAAGUCCUCCAAGUACCAGAAUCCGCGCUUCGUUUGAACUUGAAAUUUUCACCUGGGCCCACAUUUUGACGUUUCCCAGAAAAGGCAAGAAUGAAGCGCCGCGUGUCCCUCCUAACCUAACGGCUAUCUCUACAACGCCAUCCCCCACUCUUCUGGUAAGACAGACGCCCGGUAUUUCUCUUUUCAAAAAUCAUCUCUCCCGAUCAAAAGCCUACAGUCCCCAAAUUUCACUCUCAACUUCAAUUCCAAACAGAUCGAAAAGCAACUGGCUCAAAGUUCCUUUCUCCAGAUUCACGGAAGCAACUGAAUCGGAAUCACAGCCUUUCUUGCUACUGAAGUGGAAAGGGAGCGCGCGAGUUCUUCUGAUCGCUUCGCCUGGAUACCCAUCGCAACUGUAAGUAUGAACUAUGCACCAGAAUUUGAAUUCGGAACUCAGAUGGGCAAUUGUCAGUUGAAAUGGAUGAUCGUAACCUGAUCGAAGCUCUUGUCUCGUUUGCCAAUUUUAUUUUCCCUCUCGGUUUAGGUUUUGGACUUUGGGGGAGUUGGAAGAGGGAGCAAGCGAGAAAAAAAGACGAUGUCGAUGUCGCUCACGCCUGAUCACUUCAGGAAGUCAGGGUUCGGACUCGUACCGUCUCCAGCUCCGUUCCUCACGCCUCGCCCGGAGAGACGCCGGCCGGAAUCCAGGAGUUCCGACCUCAGCUCCAACCGUCAGGACCGAGAUAAAGAGGUUAACGUCCAGGUCCUUCUUAGAUGCAGGCCGCUAAGUGAUGAAGAGCAAAGAGCGAAUGUGCCCAGAGUGAUCUCUUGCAAUGAGAACAGACGAGAAGUCACUGUUCUGCAAAGUGUUGCUAACAAGCAAGUGGAUAGGGUUUUUUCGUUUGACAAGGUUUUUGGGCCUAAAGCGCAGCAGAGAUCGAUUUAUGACCAAGCGAUUGCGCCCAUAGUGAAUGAAGUUCUUGAUGGUUUCAACUGUACUGUAUUUGCCUAUGGCCAGACGGGGACAGGCAAAACGUAUACAAUGGAGGGUGGAAUGAGAAAUAAGGGUGGGGAUUUGCCUGCUGAGGCUGGUGUUAUCCCAAGAGCUGUUCGCCAAAUAUUCGACAUUCUGGAGGCCCAAAAUGCAGAUUACAGCAUGAAAGUGACGUUCCUGGAGCUGUACAAUGAAGAAAUAACUGAUUUGCUGGCUUCAGAAGACAAUUCGAGAUCCAUUGAUGAUAGGCAAAAGAGACCAGUUUCAUUGAUGGAAGAUGGAAAGGGUUGUGUUGUUUUAAGAGGGCUUGAAGAAGAAGUAGUGUACAGUGCAAAUGAUAUAUACACACUCUUAGAACGAGGAGCAGCUAGAAGGCGUACAGCAGACACUUUUUUGAACAAGCACAGCAGUCGGUCCCACUCUGUCUUUUCUAUUACUGUCCACAUAAAAGAAGCAAAUAUUGGGGAAGAAGAACUCAUCAAAUGUGGCAAGCUUAAUCUGGUUGAUUUGGCUGGAUCGGAAAACAUCUCGCGUUCUGGGGCGAGAGAGGGUCGUGCUAGAGAAGCAGGGGAAAUAAACAAGAGUUUACUUACUCUAGGCCGUGUUAUAAAUGCAUUGGUAGAACAUUCGGCUCAUAUACCUUAUAGAGAUAGCAAGUUGACGAGACUACUAAGAGAUUCCUUGGGAGGAAAAACCAAAACUUGCAUCAUUGCAACAAUCUCUCCAUCUGGCCAUUCCCUGGAGGAAACUUUGAGUACUCUUGAUUAUGCGUAUCGUGCUAAAAACAUAAAAAACAAGCCCGAGGCAAACCAGAAAAUAUCCAAGACUGUUUUGCUCAAAGAUCUGUUUUUAGAGAUUGAUCGAAUGAAAGAAGAUGUUCGAGCAGCCAGGGAAAGAAAUGGUGUGUAUGUUCCACAUGAUAGAUUUGCCCAGGAAGAAGCAGAAAAGAAGGCCAGGGCUCAGAAGAUAGAACAAUUGGAGAUCGAGUUGAACCUCAAUGAGAAGGAACUUGAUAGGUUCCGUGAGCUCUAUAUGUCUGAGCAAGAAGAAAAACUUGAAGUGACAAGUGAGCUCAAGGAUUGCAAGGUGAAUCUAGAGAAGAGUAACAAGGACCUGUUAGAUCUUCAAGAACAAUAUAGAGUCGCAAUCUCGACAUUAAAGGAAAAAGAGUUUAUCAUCUCUAAGCUUCUGUAUUCAGAAAAUUCUUUAGUUCAAAGGGCAAAGGAGUUGCGGAAUGGCUUGCAAUCUGCUUCAGAAGAUAUUACUUCACUAUUCACAACAUUAGAUCAGAAGGAUCAGAUGGAAACAGACAACCAGAGAAUGGUUUUGAGAUUUGGUUCUCAACUAGACCAGAGUUUGAAAGACCUGCACAGAACCAUUCUAGGGUCAGUCUCUCAACAACAGCAUCAAAUGAGAUGCAUGGAAGAGCAUGUCCAGUCGUUCCUUGCCAGCAAAUGUGAUGCAACCAAGGCUUUGGAAUCACGGAUAAGGAAAAUGGCAGAUGCAUAUUCGUCAGGGAUUGAAUCCUUGAAGGAGUUUGCUAAUGCUAUGAAGGAGAACUCUUCUUCUGACCUGGAGCAGUUAAACGCCACAAUCUCAUCUCAAGUGUCUGCUAUUGAACAGUUGUUGGUGGUCACUGUAUCAGAGGCCCAAGGUAGUAUUGAGGAUAUUCAGAACUCUCUACGUGAACAAGAACAUAUCUUAUAUAUCUCCACUCAACAACAAGAGAAGGGACUAGAAAGAAGCUUGAGACACACUCAAGUGAUAUCAAAAGCAACAAUGGACUUUUUCGAUGACAUCAACGUUCAGGCGUCUAAAGUUAUGAAUGUUCUUGAAGAAAGCCAAACCAAACAAUCUGAUUGGUUAAACAAUUUCCAGCAGACUUUUCAAGAACAGACAGCGAGAGAGGAGAAACAAGCUCUGGAAGAUAUUACAAAAAUACUAGGCAACAUGACUUCUAGAAGAACAGCUCAUGUCAUGGAGGCAUCCAGGAGCAUGCAAGGUAUGAGAACAGAUGAAAAUAAGAGAAUGCAACAAGAGAUGAGCUACAUUCAUCAGGCCUCAUUAGAUGCUAAUAAGGAGUUGAGGAGACAUGCGGAGGAAGUGAAGAGAAACUUCAUGGAUGACUCAUUUUCAGUGGCCGAGUCAAGGGUAGUCAUGGAAACUGUCCUCCAAGAAUGUUCGGAUAAGGUGAACCGGUCUAAGGAGCAGUUGGAAAAUGCGCAAUCAAAAGUAAGCAAUCUCAAUCGAAGCAGUGCUCUGGGAGUAGAAGCUGCUGUGAGAGAAAAAAUCAGCAUCAACAAUGUUGCACAGCAGCAAUUUCUGUCAGCAUCCUCAGCUGUUGACGAAGAAUUUUGUGGCAGGACAGUUGAUGUUAUGGCAGCAGUCGAAGAUUCCCUGACGAGAGAUCAGGAGAGUAAGAAGGAGAUGGAUGCCAUGGCAACGUUGUGCAUGAAUCAGCUGAAGACCAUACAAGAGGAGCACGGUGAAAGCAUAGCAAGCAUCAGGAGCAAAGCAGACAAGUGCCUGACCCAGGAUUAUGAGAUCGACGAGGACACAAGCUCGAGGCCUGAAAGGAGGGUCAUAUCUGUGCCUAGCAUGUCCUCCAUUGAGAAGAUGAGAAUGUCGUUCUCAGCGGCCGCAAAUGGAAGUGUGGAAGAAGAGGGAGAGAAUGUGGGGCACAGAUUGUCUUCGCCGUCAAAAUGGAGUCAUCAUCAGCAGCAUCAGAUGACUGAGAGCAAGAACCCGCAACUGGUUCAUAGUAGUAGAGCUCCUCUUGGUGAUGUCAACUGAGAAGGGGAAGAAAGGUAAAGGGCAGCUGGCAAGAUGUAGAAUUACUUGCUGAGUAUCCCUCACUUCUUGAUGUAUGCCUCGCUUAGCUCAUCAACUGAUGAGCUCCGUGAAGAAGCAGGCUUUAGAUAUAUAUAUAUAGCUGAAUGACUUGUACUUGAAAUUAUUAAUCGCAUUAUUAGUGUUCCCAUGGAUAAAAGGAAGCUUCUACAUGAUUUCUGAGCAAGGCAUGCAGGGGAGAAGUUAAGUUACUCAUCUGCUCUUCGCGGACGAGACUCUGAUAUUCUGUGAUGCUUCUUGCGAUCAAGUGGUAAAUGCCUUGAUUAAUGAUUAUUUUUGUGUGCUUUUAGAUUAACUUAGAUAAAUCAACCAUGUCCACUGUGGGAGACAUCCCUAAGCCUAGGUUUUAUGCUGAUGUGAUAGCAAAAGCACUCAAGCUCGACACUUUUGAGUUGUUUAGAGGCAGAGUAGGAGUUGUCGAGACAAGUGAACGUGUUUUUGCAGAUUGAAGUUUGAACCGAAGCUGAGUUAACUGACUUCUGUUCAAGGAGAGAAUUUGCUUGCCAGGUUCGAACCCGGAUCGUCUGGAAGGUAGCGGGAAAGACAAGAUUCAAAUAAGGCUGUUGUGGCCAAGUUGUGUCAAUUUUGUUAUCUGUGUUUUUGUUCAUUGGUUAUGUAUUGUGUCAAAUCAGUUCAUUUCGAGUUUUCAAGGGUUGUUGGAAUUUGGAAGUCAAGUCUAUUGGUUUGUUAACUUGAUUAGCUGAUUUAUGCUAGCUAGAAUCAAUAAUUAGGAGGUUAGUGGGUUAGUGGAGCUCUGCAGCCUACUGCUAAGCUAGGAAAUUAGUAGAAGAAAAGUGUUUGGUUUUGACCUUUGACCAAUAAAAUUCCACUAACUGUUUGUUUUUCUUUUCUGACUUUUCAUUAGUCAAGCUAACUAUAUUAAAUUCCACCAAAAAUAGAUGGAUUUGGAAAACACAACUUGGGGUGAUGAUAUUUUGGCGUCAGUUAGUAUUUAUAUAUUUUUACCCAUAUUAUCCUCGUUAUGUAUUCGCUCAAUAUUCUCACAAUGCUGCGUAUUUCUCGUUCAAUUACGAAUGUGAUUUGAUAUGUAAAGCUAACUAUAUUAAUUUGUAGAUGCACUUGGGAGGUAAUUAACCUUAUUGUUAAUAAACUAAAAAAACACCUAAUCAUGGACAUCAAAAUUGAAUACAUCAAUAGUAUGAAAAUCAAGUGGCAAUGUGUGCACCAAAAAUAGAUGGAUUUGGAAAACACAACUUGGGGUGAUGAUAUUUUGGCGUCAGUUAGUAUUUAUAUAUUUUUACCCAUAUUAUCCUCGUUAUGUAUUCGCUCAAUAUUCUCACAAUGCUGCGUAUUUCUCGUUCAAUUACCCAAUAAAGUAACCAGUCAGAAAUUAUCCAAUGAAGUUUUCUAGAGUCUUCUCCUACAAAACCCAUUUAAUUAACCACAAAGAAAUGAUAGAAGAUGGUAAAGGUGUAUGUUAGGAUUUGAGAGGUUCCGAUUUUAAUCUUGGCAGUCGUCGAUUUCCCAUUACCGUUUUGGUAGCCAUGACAUAACUAUGUGCUCAUCUUCUUGUAAGUUCAUCCAGUAUUCACAUCCUUGACAAAUUUUACUAAUAUCAAGACACUCAUGUAUUAGAAUUCUAAAUAGUUUAUGCACCACCACCCUUUAUGUCACGCGCACGAACCAGGGCAAUCGACAAUAACAAGAAAGACAUCGAUCAACAAAAAAGCAAAGAAAAUAAAGAUUUUCGU